AUGAUCCACUAUGCGUCGGGGUCGGGAGCGCCAUGGAAUCACUUCCUGAACCUGUUCCAGAUGAAGGGGAGCGGCUUCCCACUGGCCAUCGCCGCCGCCACCCUCCCCGCGGCGUUGACGUUCUACCUUCGCUGGAACGACAUCUACGGGGACACGGACAUCCUCGUGGACAACACUGCCUGGGGCGGCUUCUCGUUCUUGGUGGGCUUCCUCGUCGUGUUCAGGACCUCGCAGGCCUACAACAGGUUCUGGGACGGCUGCACCUUCAUGCACCGCCUCCAGGCCGAGUGGCUCGACGCCUGCAGCGCCACCAUCGCCUUCACCAAGCACUCCUCGGUCGAGGCUAUCGUUGUGACGGAGUUCAAACACCUCGUGGUGCGAUUGUUCAGCCUCCUGCACAUGUUCGCGCUGGCCUACAUCGAGGGAUGCGAUGACCUCGAGGAGAUCGCAGCUCACGACCUGGAGCUGAUAGACCCGGACGGCCUGGACCAGGACACCUGGAACUACGUCAGGCAGUGCAGGAGCUCGGCCGGCCGCGUCACGAUGGUGUUCCAGUGGAUCCAAGCCGCGAUCGUCGAGAACAUCAGCACAGGCGUGCUAAGCAUCCCGGCUCCGAUCCUGAGCCGCGUCUUCCAGGAGCUGGCGAACGGCAUGGUCGCUCUCCACGACGCCCACAAGAUCUCCGCGAUCCCGUUCCCCUUCCCCUACGCGCAGACAUGCGACGCGCUGCUCGUGACGCACAGCUGCGUCACGCCGUUCGUGACCUGCUCGAAGAUGUCGGACCCCUACUGGGCAUGCCUCAUGGCAUUCAUCCAGGUGUUCAUCCUGUGGUCCCUUAACUACAUCGCCGUGGAGAUCGAGCACCCUUUUGGCGGCGACCCGAACGACAUUGAUUCCACGACGCUGCAGCUGGACAUGAACCUCAACCUGCUGCUCCUUCUACACCCGGCCUGCGACCGGACCCCCGUGCUCUCCUCCAAGGCCAAGAUCCAGGGCCUGGUCAAGAUGGGCCGCGCCGCCUCCCACGGCCUCCAAGAGGAGCUGAGGACGUACAACGAGGUCCUGACGCGGCCCAGGGCCAGUAAGGUCCCCGGGCCCCGCCCGGGCGCCUCGUUCUUCAGCUUCCGCCCCGGCGACAGGAGCAGCACCGUCACGAAGAACACCGUGAACUCGGACGAUUCUGAUUCUCCUAGGGCGAGCGCCUCGAUGACCCCGGGCGGAUCCUGGAGAAGACAUACUUCCACCGCGUCCGGGGUCGUGGAGCGCAGGGAGUCCACCGGGAGGGCGACGACGACCUCCUCGUACUCUUCGUCGCCCUCAUCCUCGCGGCAGACCAGGAAGUCGAGCCAGCCCAACGGCUUCCACCAGAGCAGCACAAGACCGAGACCCUCCGUGAUGCAGAUCGUCGGCCACGCGCUGGCCCCGCGGGAGGCGAAGUUCGCCAGGUCCAGGAUCGCGGGUGCGGGCUUCGACGCCUUCUGGGACCUCUGCGAGGAGGCUGGGGACAACGAGGAGGUGCCGCGGGGCUCUCAGAGGGGGAGCCUGGCCGUGCCGCCCUUGCAGAUGCCUCCCCCGAGGGCGAUGCCCCAGGGGGGCGAAGACGGCGGCUGCGAGGGCGAGUGGAGGUGGGGCGGCGGCGCCGGGCAGCAGAGCAGCGGCAGCCGGCCGCCGCGGCCUCCAGGGGGAGCAGGCAACAGCUGCUCCGCCGACCACGCCCCGGCGGCGCCCCCGAGGGGGCAACAGCGGGAGGCGGUGGGCUCGGCCGCGCAGUCGCAGGCUGGGUCCUCGCCUGCCGUGUCCGCGCGCUCCGCCAGGGGGCCGGAGGACCGGCUGCCUCCCCCGCCGCGCGCCAGACGACCAGGCCAUGGCGCGCCGUCGUUUCACCGGAUGCCUGGGGACCACGACCCGGAGCCGCAGUCGCCCCCGCCGGCGGACCUGCAGCUGCAGCCGUGCGCCACCCCGGAGGACGCCCCGCCAAGCUUGGACGCGGACGACCACCUGGAGUCUGCGUCGCAGGGGUCCUCGUUCGCCAGCAGGGACGGCGUGCCGCCCAUCGGCCCGACCGUUGUGCGGGACCGUGCCGGGCGGCGGCGGAGGCGGCAUGACGAUCUGAGGCCCGGACAGGCCAGGGCGAGCGCCAGAAACGCCUCCAAUGUGAUGUGGGUGCCGCCUUGGCCGCCGUUCCACGUUAUUUUUCUGCUCGGGGGCGUGCAUGGAAUGCGCUUGCCCCGCUUCGCCUGA